CCAGUUUUUUAUUUUUUCGAAAUAAGUCGUUGGGCUCGGUGGAAUCAUUAGGCAGCACACCGAAUCCCCGACCCGUGAUUGUUCGAAGCGUUGUUACGAGACAGCAUGGGAGAAACAGGCGAAACCAUGAAGCUCUCGGAGGCAAUUGCCAUCAGUUCUCCUCUGUAUGGCGACUACGACGAAGUCGGCCAGAUGCGCAAGUUCUCCGUGGCUGCGUUGGCCUCUGCGGUGUCCUUCUUGCUGCUCUUGGGCCUCUUUCCCCUUGUGUUGAGAGCUCCAUCCCCUGCAGAGGAUAUCUUGCCCUCUCUCCAGGACGAGUCCGGAGCCCGGCUUUUGCCACAGCAAAUCUUCAGAGAACAACUAUCGCAAUCGCUCGAUACAUCUGUCUCACCCUGCGACGACUUCUACAAAUACGUGUGUGGAAAGUGGAGCUCUGUCCACCCGAACCUCGCUCACCAAUUCAACUUCCUCGAAAAUCACAUGAAAAUAAGCGCCGUCCAUCGUCUCUCACAGCGUACGGGGCGCUUCCUCGACUUCCCCACCGUCGAGAAAGUCGCUCAAGCCCUCAGCAUUUGCCUCACCGAACAGAACGACCAACACGACCACGAAGACCACAUCCUCGAGCUGCUCUCCCACGUCGACCUCGACUGGCCCAAGCUUACCCGUGUCACUACCGGUCUUCCUCCCUUCGACUUUCUUCGCACGUUCCUCACCCUCGCACUCGACUAUGGAAUUCCGGUCUUCUUCAAGUUGUCCGUCGACGUCGACCUCCGCACAGGGAACACAACUGUGCUGACCGUCCGCCCCGGAUGGGUGCAAGAGUUCGUCCGUCUUGGGAACCCCAUGCAUGCCUCUACCAUUGCGACUCUUUUUGGAAGAAGCGAUUUGGAACGACGUCUAGUUGAAGCCCACAACCGCGUAACGGCGUUGCAAGAUCUGCUUCAACGAGGUAUUCACAACAAGUAUCCGAGUUACGUUCAGGUUCAAGACUUGAGUGACGUGGACGAAUCGCUUCCGAAGUCUGAAGUUUUGGUCGAACAUCUGAACAGGCAUAUUCCGUUGGAGAACAGGCUGAACGGGAGCGAUGACGUCUACCUGGCGAACGGAGGCCGUGCGGCUUGGCGUCUGGCGGCGACGUUCGCGAAAGAGUUCAGCAAGCCUGAUGACCUCGUUGUGGGGGCUGCUUAUGUCAGCGUCCUGAUAUUGUGGAAGCUGUCUGUGGCGUCAUCAACGCGAAUAACGAACGCUCUCAUGUUGUCAAAGUACGACUGCUUCCAGUAUGUAGAAGAGUUGGCACCGCAUGCGAUGUCUAUGCUGUUAGCCGGCGAGUACGUGACAUCUGAAGACAUCGACGCUGCGGAUUCUAUGGUUCAGCACCUUCGGAGCACUCUAGCGACGUCGUUUCGCGCUCUGCCCGCUGAAGAAUUCAAGAACAGCCUCAGUCGACUGUAUGGGAUCCGAACCAUCGUUGGAGUACCCGGCGUUCUGUACAAACCAGAAGAGCUGGAACGGCACUACAGUUUCCUGCCCGCCUUCUACACGCCAUUCGUGGCUUCCUUGCUUGAUGCAUACCGGCGUCGCGUGGCCCACGAGAAGCUUCUGUUGCAUCACCAGGCACAAAAGUUUGUCCUCCGCGACACCAUGGACAAUCUUCCGCUGACGCACAUGCGUCCGUCAUACGUGCCCUAUGUGCACAUGCUCGUGGUGCCAGCAUCGACGUUGACAUCACCUUUCUUCAUCAGGGAUUCUCUCAUCGUGGCUUAUGCCUCGUUAGGACACCUGGUGGGUCGAGAGUUAAGCCUGGCCUUUGACCUCCACGACGGGACAUCAGGGCCGAACGGUAUGCACAGGCCAUGGCAAGGCGAAAACGCUCGCAAAAGGAUCGAGAAGGGCAUCAACUGCCUCUCCCAGAGGAAUUUCUCUAGGGAACCAGGAGCGGAUGCCGAGCAGAUUUUCGCGGAUAUUCUUGGCCUCAAGCUGGCACUCAAGGCCCUGGAAUCUACGGGUCAACCCUUGGGCAAUACGUCCUACGUAUCUGACACCUUCAGCGGUUGGACGGGCGAGCAGGCCUUCUUCAUCAGCUCCUGUUACAAGUGGUGCGCCCAGGAAGACUUUCAGACAGGAGGAGGACAACGCGUGCAGUUUGACACGCGCUGCAACGAGCCACUGCGCAACGAAAAGCGUUUCUUCAAGGCCUUCAACUGCAGUCCAAAAGCGCGAAUGCGCCAGUACGGAGAAGCAUGUGAUCUCGGCUGAGAAUAGUAGCUAACGACGAUGAGACCAAAGCUGCCUUUAUAGUUAUAAUGAUACUGUGAGAAAAUUUUCAAUACACUUCUGUGCUGCCAUGCA